CAAGACUAUUGUUUUUAUAGCAAAUCUUUACUAUACCACUAUACACUUGUAUACAGACGAAGAGAAGAACGAAAUUUUGUUUUGAUAUUCUUAUUUUCAUUUAGAUAUAUAAAGAUCAAGGAAUUAUCAACUCAAAUUCCUCGGAGCCUUUUUUUAAUUUUGUCUGUUAUCAAUGGCCUCUGAAUGAUUGAUUGAUUUACGAAAAAAAGCUUUAAUUUUCUAUAUUGAUACUUUAACAAUUGGGUAUCAUAUUACGUAAUUUUCCAAGAAUUUUACGUAAUUUUCCAAGAAUGGACACAGCGUUUAACCAGGAUUCUCCUGAUAACUUGGUCAAGCAACGUUGGAAGUGUUUACAAAAUAACGAAAAAGUAAAGAAGAUGCAAGGUCUACUAAAAAGCUGCGAUGCUCGCGUGAAGUCAAAGUCGUACACCGCCGAGACCUGCAGCCAGGAGGUCAUCGACCUCAUGGAGGCUCUAGACCAUUGUGUUGGCAAUAGUGCCUUCAGGAACUUUGCUUAGCAAACUUCUUAACAUGCG